ACACUUUGUUGUUUUAUCAUCUGUUUAGAAAAUUGGAUUGAUAAUUCAUUGAACUAAUGAUAUUUUUGAAUGUUUUUUGUAAAGCUUAUUGAUUUCAUAAUAAGCGAUUUCGAAUUUUGUGUUGUCUGAUUAGAGACUAUGAAUUAAUAAAUUAAAUCGAUUUCCUUGAAUUUAUUAUGUGAAACAUUGAUCUUUCUAAUAACUUUCUCAAUUCGAUAUGGAGAGCUUGGAAAAAUGUGGUUUACAAUCACAAACAUUGUCGCAUGUCUUGAAUAAAGAUGAAUCAGAAUGGGCCCAUAAUUCCAUAGUGACCUCAAACCCAAACAACUCUACUUUGCUCUACAUAGCCGUGGAGUAUGUUAAGGAUGAAUUUAAGGGGGAAACAAACCCAAAUAUAUCAUCUGAGAACUUUAUGAAUUUGCAACAUGUGAGCUCUUAUGAUCCAAAUAUGAAUUCCCUUGCCGAUUAUAGUACGGUUUAUAAUGAACCCAACAAUUUUAAUCCAGUUGUAAUUCAUCACUUGGUCUCUGCAAAUUCUAUAGGAGAAAACAGUGCAUUUGUUAGCACACAAAACAACAAUUCUGCUCUUGAAAGUGUUCCUACAGUGUUGUAUGAUACUACGAUAAGCGGUGUUGGAGAAGAGUAUUUGCAGUUAGAAAAUUCUACCAAUAUUCCUAGUGUUCAAAGUUUACCCAGUGUGGAUAAAGAACAAGGUGUUGAAAUACUAAUAACUGAUCAAGCCACAGGAAUUUCUUAUAGUGUAAAUACUCAGGAGUUAUUAGUAGAGCAGGAAGAACUCUUAGAAUCUUUAUCCCCUGGUCCAUUGUUGGAUUCAGAUUUGCUUACAAUAGACGAAAGCACCUUAAAAAAUAAUCUGCCUGAUGAUUUAAUAAAUGGUAAUGUUAGUACCAGUGAUGGUAACAACAUUGUUGCAAAUUUUAUCUCUGAUUUUUCUGGCGUGAAAGAUGAAUUUGAAGAUGAUGAAUAUUUAAAAUUGAGAAAAAAAGUGUUGCCUGAUGAGUUAGAAUGUGAGGAUAAGUUAUUAUCAAAAGUUUUCAAUAUUAUUGACAAGCCAAUUCCAUCUCGAGCAAGGGCGACUUUACCUGAAACUUAUUUGAAAAUUACGAAAGUAGAGGAAGAUUGGGCAGUUUUCGCCAAAAAAUGUAUAAGGAAAAGGACUCAAUUUGGACCUGUUCAGGGUAUUCUGAAAAAUAGGGAGGAAAUUAUCACACAGUCUAAAAGACUGGAACUUUUAUUGAAAGAUGCGGAGGAUAAAAUUCUUGGUUUAGAUAUAUCAGAUGAAGAACAAUCGAAUUGGAUGUGUUUUAUAAGGAAAGCUGAGUCGUAUGAGGAGCAAAAUAUGGUUGUUAGUCAACUAGAGGACAGUCUUUAUUUUACUGUUAUACGGAACAUUUUGCCUAAACAGGAACUCAAAGUUGGUUAUAGCUUCACGUAUGCAAACCAAUAUAAUUUGCCAGUUUUGGAAAAAAAAUUAACAGAGGAGCAGUGGCCUUGUUUUGAAUGCAACGAGCAUUUUCCUACCUCUCAGGAGCUGCAGAAUCAUCUGAAUAUCCACGAUGAAAGUGGCGAGCCCACAAAGUGUCGGAAGAAAAAUUGGAAGAGCAAAAAGAAACUUUUGAAAGUUUCUAUCACAGAAGCUUGGCAAUGUAAAAUUUGCGAUCAAGUGUUCAACCCCCCUAAACUUAGUGCCCUUAAGCAACAUUACCUGGUGAAACAUAACGGACCUGACGAUAAUAUCGAAGAAAAUUUUGUGGUGAUAAGGAAUUAUAAAUGCGACAAAUGUAAUCUUGUCUUUCAAACUGAGAACCUUUAUAGAGUCCAUAAUCUUCUGCAUAAUCAAGACGAGAAUGACGAUGAUUUUGAAAACGAAAAUUGUUACAUGUGUCCGGCUUGUAACAGGAAAUUCCCAACACAACGACAAUUGAUUUCUCACGUUUCUACCCAUUCUUUGCCGAAAUAUAAAAUAAUCCCCGAAAGGUUCCAAUGUCCUCAUUGUUACACGUCUUAUCCGUUGAGGGAGCGACUUCAGAGACACAUGCUCAUCCACGGUCCUGAGGAAUCGAAGCCGCUUCAGUGCAACGAAUGCAAGAAAAGGUUCAUGAAUAACUCCGCGUUGAUUUGCCACUUGAAGACUCACGUUUCCGGUGAAAGUAUAUACCAGUGCCCGAUUUGCAAAGAUCGUUUCGAACACGUCCCGAAACUGAAAUUGCACGUUCAGAAGCAUUGCGUGAACAACACAUACACUUGCCCCCAUUGCAACAAAAAAUUCAAGGCCUACAGUAUUAUACGCAAACACAUACGGGCGUUCCACAGCGAACAGAAGCACACCUGUCAACACUGUUCUAAAGUUUUCCACACGAUGGAUAAACUGAAGAUCCACCUCUUGAAAUAUUCGGAUCACAGGGAAUUUCUGUGUUCGCAUUGCGGAAAGCAGUUCAAGAGGAAGGAUAAGCUGACCGAACACUGUAAAAGGGUGCAUUCGGAAGAGAGGGAGAACAAUAAACCCAAGGGUAUGCAGAGCGAGGAGAACGACUCGAAGAAAUUCGUUCCUAAGGCUGAGCCCACUGAUUUUCAUCGAUUUAUCUACAAAUGUCAUCCUUGCCUGAUCGGUUUCAAGAGAAGAGGUAUGCUCGUGAACCAUUUGGCAAAACGUCACCCUGACAUAAGUCUGGAUUCGGUGCCGGAACUCAAUUUACCAAUACUCAGGACCACCAAAGAUUACUAUUGUCAAUAUUGCGAUAAAAUUUACAAGAGCAGCUCCAAACGAAAGUUGCACAUCCUGAAAAAUCACCCAGGGGCUGCUCUACCGGUGAGCAAUAGAAAGCAGGGGGUUUAUCAGGAGGUUGCCGGUCUGCCCAACCUGUCGUUCUCCCAGACCGUAGGUAGCGUUACCACCUCCCCGCAGAACUGCAAAUGGUGCCAUAAGCAAUACGCUAGUAAGGCUAAGUUGUUGCAUCAUCAGAGGAAGGAACACAACGGAUGCUUGAAGCAAGAAGGAGGCGAUGCGGAUAAAUCCAAUAAGGAGCUGAACGUCUCCGGUGAAAUGAGGGGAAACGAAGAGCAGGAAUUUGAAAUUUUCAAGCAGAGCGAUUUCGUGGUGACAGACGAAGUAUUCGAUGCUAAUGCUGAGGAGUUCGUAGAUGACCCCGAACCCAAAAAUCAUUUCGAUGAUUUGCAGAACAUUGCUGAUAAUGAAGUAUUCAACCAAAAUGAGACCUUCGUCCUUCCGAAUUCGCAUUUAUACAGACUUCUGACAAACGCCAACAAUAUGGUGCCCCCACGUUGAGGAGUUUGUAGGAUCAGACUUGAGACACUCACGAAUUGAGGGAGAAUGAAAAUUGUUCCAUGAUAAUGGAGGGGUUGCAUAAUAUGCCAAAGAAUAGAAAGAUUGUUGCAUUAAAUUCGAAGAUUUCCUAUAUUGACAUUCUAUCGUUUGGGUGUAUUCUGUGUCUCAGAAAUAUCGAGAACUGCUUCCGGAAAUUUGCUAGAUAUGCUUGAAAAAUGUAGUGCAAUGAUUCUGCCACGAUUUUCGAUUUUUUGAUCGAAUCGACACUAAAAAUAAGUGGCAGUGAGAAUUUAUCAUACCAAUAUAGUUUUGAAGAAU